UUCGCGCACAGGUUCUGGCGGGGAGCUACUAUCAUCAGCAAACGCGAAACAGCAUCCGCAGCCUGUUGGGCUCCGUCGAGAGAAGGCACAGAGGCAGGAAGAGACGACGGCAUCGGGAACGGAGGUGGCGUCGUUGUUCGCCAUGGUGGCGGUCGACGCGGCGACGAAAGGUGGACGCAGGAUCGGCAACGACGGAGUCGGCGCUGGAGGCCCCGCGUCGACGGCGUCGUCGUACUCGCCGCCGAAGUCCUUGGCGUGAACGAGAGGAGAGCCCGAUAAAAAAAAAAAAAAAAGAAAGACGGAGGGCGCAGGCCGGCGUGAAGUUGGCGUCGUUGUCGGAUCGGUGUAGUAACAACGUAUACGUCGAUCGUGGGUCUCCCAACACCCUAUGAAGGCUUUUCGUCGUUGGCCGGCGCGCGUACGUUAAAUGAGUAAAUGAGGAAUGCGGCGCCGUUCUUCCCGCUGCUGUGGAGGAUCGCCGCCCCACUGCUGCUCUGCGCCCUGCAAGCGCCGUUGCUGCUGAGACUGGCCACGGCCACGCUGCUGCUACCGGCCCAUGGCGCCGACGAAGCGCGUACAGCCACUGGGUGCCCAGUGCUCCGGGGAGUUCGAGUGCCAGAACCCGGAGAUGGUGCACUGCACGGAUGGAAUCUGCGCCUGCCGCUACGGACACCAUAGUCCGUACCUCUGCAAGGAAGCGCCAGUGACGCAAAGACCUGGCAAGGAUGGAGAGGAGGAAAACGGAUGGCCAGCGGUGGCCGACCGGGAGUGCCACACGGACCACCAAUGCCACCGCGGUUACUGCUGGCACGGCAUCUGCUCCUGCAAAGACGGCUUCGUCAAGGAGCGAAGCUUUUCUGGAAGCUGGAGCUGCGUCCACAGAACAUCUUCCUUUGGAUUCGGAAUCCUCGCUGUGAUCCCCGUGACCGUGGUGGUCCUCUGCCUCUUCGCCUGUUGUGUACAAGUUGCUCUGCGCAAGCAACAACAGAUGCCCUCCAACGCCGCUGCAGUACAGCCCGAAGGCGCACAAGACGACGGCAAUGCCGGCACGUCGGCUGCUGGAGUGAGCAAUAUCUACAGACAAAGACGCUACUUUCCGCACUACGUAGAAAGUCCUAAGCCCCAUGCGACAAACGAGGCUCUGGCAGCGCCGACCGCGUCCUGUGCUACAGGAAUGGAGCCAGUCGAAGCCAAGGAAACUGCGCCAGGCAUCGGGGAAGCCGGAAGCUCUGCAAACGCCAACCAUUCACUGCAGGCCUAACGAUGACGCAAGAAGUUUCUGUUCGUCAAGUGUCACGAAAGCAUCGUGCACUUCUGCUCUCAUCAGUGCUGUUUGAAAGGAAAACGCAGCAGAUGAUAAUCAAAUCAUUAGCUUCGUCUGCUGCUUCUGCUUACACAUUUGCCUUUCAAAAAGUGGAUAACUUUACGCCUUACACUUAAUCAAACAAGGAGCGCUAAAUGUUCUGGAAUUAUACAGCCUACGCUAUUGUGUGAUAUGGCCUAUGCUAUUGCGCAGGCUAGUGUGUGACGAGUCACCUCGUAAAAGCGCAGACGGCUUAGAUCUGAAGCACUACGGCACCGCAAUAGUUGUAAAAAAAAAAAGACAUGGCUUUAGACGCGACUUCCACAGGCUUUCUUCAUUUUCUAUGUACAUUCUUUUUACCUGUUCAGAUCGCAGGGUUUCCCUUUUUUUUUUCAACAGCAGUAAGUUGUAUGACCCAUAAUGAUGAUUUGCUUGCGGUAAGAUUUGAAUAUUUUUCCAUAGUGACAGGUUCCUUUAUUUCGUUUCGUAUUUUAAGUACUUUAACGUUUCUGACGCGGCGAGAACAUUAGUGUUGCAGUACUUGGAUAUUUGCACGCUAGGUGGGGACUACUUCAUGGUAAAGAAAUACGUGAUUCACGCGGAAGCAGCCGGAUGGUGCAAAGCUGGUACCUCGUAAUGCUACUUUCGUAUAUUCAGAUUAAUUCAUUGAGCUCGAGGAAGAAGUCCGAGAAAGAAGAAAAUAAGAGUGAUUCUAAAUUCGUGCAUAGUACCACUGUCAUCCUAUAACACGAUGGCACAUGGCAGAUUUGGGUACCAAAGGUACAAACAAGCUGACAAAGAGCCCUAACUGAUGACAUAGUCAGCGCUCGUGUUAUCGUGUGGUCGAUAAAUAACGCACAAAAUUUCAUUUGCCAGCAGUUUAGAGAGUGGAACUUUCAUCAGAGCAGGUUACAAUUUGGGAGUCUUGCAAACCUUAACAUUUCCUUUUGUGUGUGCGUGUGCGUGUGUGGCUGCGUGCGUGUGUGCGCCC